AAGGCAGGGAAACAGCGAUAGCAAUAUCGUCAGCAGCAGUAGCAAGUUCUCGGAUCAUGGGAAGCAUAUACAGGUCUGCCUUCCACGCUAGUAUAUUUCAGCAGCUGAAAAGAUUUUGGCCAAGAGCAGGUGUAUUGGAGAGAAGUGUGAGCAAUGUGUCUGAUCUGUUCCCCGGAGAACCCAGUGCUCCCAAAGUGCACACUGAAAUCCCGGGACCAAACUCUAGGAAGCUGCUACAAGAACUUGAUGCUAUACAGAAUACAGGAGCUGUGCAGUUUUUUGCUGAUUAUGAGAAAAGUGCAGGGAACUAUUUAGCAGAUGCUGACGGCAAUGUUAUGUUGGACCUAUAUACUCAGAUUGCUUCAAUCCCAAUUGGUUAUAAUCACCCGAGAUUACUGGCUGCAGUUCAGGAUAAAGCCAAUCUGUCUACUUUUGUGAAUCGGCCAGCAUUAGGAUGCUUUCCUCCCAAGGACCUACUGUCUCGGCUUCGAGGAGCUCUGUUAGAUGUUGCACCACCAGGACUAAACCAGGUGCAGACCAUGGCAUGUGGGGCCUGCUCUAUAGAACAUGGCCAGAAGGCUAUGUUUCUUACUUACAUGAGGAGGUUGAGGGGUGGAGCUGACCCUACAGAGGAGGACAUGAGGUCUUGUAUUGUUAACCAGCCACCUGGCACUCCAGACCUUUCCAUCCUCUCCUUUUCUAAUGGAUUUCAUGGACGCACAAUGGGUGCCCUGGCUGUCACUCAUACAAAGCCCUUACAUAAACUGGACUUUCCUGGCCCUAAUUGGCCAAUCGCAACCUUCCCCCAGCUGAAGUAUCCUCUGGAAGAUUUCACCACUGAGAACAGGGCAGAGGAGGACAGGUGCCUGGAAGAGGUGCGUGACCUGAUUGAAAAGUUCAAAAAGAAGAGCCCUGUGGCCGGGAUGAUAAUAGAACCCAUACAAGGAGAAGGGGGAGACAAUUUUGCUACUCCUUACUUUUUCCAAGGUCUUCAGGACAUAGCACAAGAGAAUGAGAUAGGCCUGCUGUUGGAUGAGGUACAGACAGGUUGCGGUGUGACUGGCAAGUUCUGGGCUCAUGAACACUUUAACCUUCGUGAUCCUCCUGACCUUGUGACCUUCAGCAAGAAAAUGUUAACUGGCGGAUUUUUCUUCAAGGAUCAGUUCCGCUCUAAAGAGCCCUAUCGAAUAUUCAACACCUGGGUUGGUGAUCCAGCAAAGAUUGUGUUGUUAGAAGAGGUUGUAAAAGUAAUCAAGGAGCAAAAUUUGCUGAAUAAUGUUCAGUUGACUGGCCAGAAAUUCCUCAGUGGGUUGCAAAAUGCUCAGUCACGUUAUCCUGCCCUGCUCUCAAAUGCCCGUGGACUGGGCACGUACUGCUCUGUGGACUUCCCCUCCCCAGCCACCAGAGAUCAGGCAAUAGCUCUUCUAAGGAAGAAAGGUGUGCAUGUUGGUGCAUGCGGAAGCAGUACACUGAGACUUCGUCCUACCCUGGUCUGUCAGCCCAAACAUGUCGACAUCUUUGUCGAGUCUUUUAAUGACAUCCUAAAAGAUGUUAAGUAAUCAGCGCAAUGAACUGGAAUGUCAUCAAAACUAAAUGACCUGUUUGAAAAUGUAGCUGAAUAUGAAUAAUGUUUUUGAGAAAUAUUGCUGUUGUGAAGUGACGAAUUAUGUUAAAGAAUACAUUUACUUUUACCAACAAAAAUCAAGCAGGUUUUAUCUGUGGUCAUAUCAUCUGGAAGUAAAACAAACAAAUCAAAUUAUGUGGGCAUACACAUGGUAUUUAAGAUUGCACCCGAUGUGAGGAAAGGUUAAUGACAUUAGGGUGUGAUAAUUUUACUGCCAUGUUCAAGAUAACAAGUGUCCGCUGAUUGUUUGGAAGAAUCCAUGAAGAGCAUGCGUGAGAUAAUUCACUUGCAUUCUUUGGGAAUGAUAAACUGGAAUGAUUAUGUGAUCAGUAUGUCCGUAUUCCAGACGAGGCAUUUAGAAAUUCAUAGUCAGAUUUUAUUUGAAAACAUGCUAGCAGCAUUACUGACUUUUGUCAGCUUGAUCAGAUAGGAUGCAGGGAGAUAACUGUGUAAAGCUAUACCUCUACAAUAAAAUCGUGUUAACCCAUUUUAGCUGAAAUGGUUUUUGAUCCAGGUGUUAAUAUUUUUAUGAAAAUCUUUUGUUAAAGGUUGAAGUUGUGACAAUACCUGUUAUGGUGUAUGGUGCUAACAGGAUAAAUUCAGUAUUAUUAAAAUAAAUUUUUCCAUAAUUUUGACAAAAAUAUGUGUAUUUUUACACAGUAAUGUUUUAAUUUACAUCAGACUGAAAUUGUUUUUGGUUUUUUUUUUUCACAUCUUGUUAGUCAUACAAUUAAACUUGUGCAUUCUUACACUUUAUGUUCACGAUGAAGGCAAGGUUUGAGGGUCAUCAGAAAAUUUUGUGAAUCAUAUAUGUUCACUUACAUUUUUGCUGAGCCUCUUUGUGUUUGUACUAUAUGUGCAAUGUACCAUCAACUACUGAAAUUUCUGGACUAGCAUGUUCAGUUUGUAACAGUAAUUUUUGGAAACUUUGAUUUAUAGUAUAUUACAUGUUGUCAUUGUAACAGUUACAAUUCUUCAUAAUCCCACAAUCAGAACGUAAAUGUUGCACACACAAAUUGUUGUGGACUUGUUAUAGAUAGAUAUUUUGGUUUUUAUAGCGAUUGUUAAAGUUGUUAUGGAUGGAUAUGUUACAUUGUCAGAUGUUACUGUAAGUAGUUUCCUUGUCACAUUAUGUGAUAUGACCAGAUACUGGAGUAAUAUCUUGGCAUAUCUCAGCAGUAUUGUAUUGUGUUUUGUGCAUUUUAAAACAUGAGACUGCUAAUCAAACGUCAUCAGGCCUGGGUAUGGUCACUGUUCAGUAAAUUUAGAAUUGUUAAGGUAUUUGAUUCAUAGGCCUUGUCCCUCACAAUAUGUUUACUUCUUGUUGUAGUAGGCUACCAAACUUCUUUUGUAUGUUAUGAUGGCAUAUUUUUAAUGUGUUUUAAAGUGGCAUAAACAUGUGUUCCCAUAUAUUUACAUGUAUGUUAAGCUGUAAUAAAAUUAUCUACAUAUAU